UUUUUUUCGUAAAAAGUUAUUUUUGGUUCGAAUUCGAGUAGAAGUCAUAAGAAUUUCCCUCUCAUUCGGAAUCUAGAAGUUGCAGAAUCAGCUGUCAAAUAUUGCAGACAAAGUUAUGAUUGAGAAUUUGUAAAUAAAAAAUGCCGAGUUAUAAUUAUAAAUGUAAAUGCAACGAGCCGGCGAAAAAAUCAAUUGUAAGGAAAGAAGGUCAUAAUAAAGGCCGUGAAUUUUAUGCAUGUGCUAAAGAACCAGGUCGCAAUUGUAAUUUUUUUAAAUGGGAAAACAAAAACUCGUCUCAGUCCCAGGAAGAUGAAGGCCCAUGGGAUGGUGAUGGAGUACUUUGUGUAUGUGGUGGCCUCGCUCAAAAAUUUAUGGUAAAAAAAGAUGGACCCAAUAAAGGUCGAUAUUUUUACGGCUGUCCCAAAGCUCAAGACAGUACUUGUAAAUUUUUUCAAUGGGUAGAAAACGUAAACAUUGAAAAAAAAUCAGCUGAAUAUGACGUUGAUAAUUUUGAAUGGGAUGAUGAUGAUGAUCCAGGAUGUCCUCAACAACCAGUACAAAAUAAAAAUGAUAAAAAACAGGAUGUAGUUUGUGUUUGUGGAGAUCCGGCUCGCCAAUUUGUUGUCAAGAAAGAAGGAGCCAAUAAAGGCAGGUCCUUUUACGGCUGUCCCAGAGGUCAAGAAAGCACUUGUGGAUUUUUCCAAUGGGUUGAAAAUGUAAACAGUGACGAGUAUCACGUCAAUGAUUAUCAGUGGGAUGAUGAUGAUGACAGCGAUGAUCGAGGAGCCUCACAGGAACCAGUUAAAAAAAAUAAAAAUGAAAGCGGAGAGGAAGUAGUUUGCGUUUGUGGAGAACCAGCUCGAAAAUUUGUGGUGAAGAAAGAAGGAGCCAACAAAGGCAGGUCCUUCUACGGCUGCCCCAGAGGUCAAGAAAGCACUUGUGGAUUUUUUCAAUGGGCUGAUAUUGAUGUUGCCGCCCGGAAACAACCUUCCGCCGUUCAACAACCUGAGAAUAAUUUCGACUGCCAGUGGGAUGAGGACGAUUGGGGCGAUGAUCAAAAUAGACCCGCGGAUCAAUACAAUAGACCGUUGAACUCGGGUGGAAACCAAGUCAGGUGUAUUUGUGGUCAGCCAGCUCGAAAACAAACCGUGCAAAAGGACGGCCCGAACAAAGGCAAAGAGUUUUACACAUGCUCAAAGGAUUCUCCUAAAUCAUGCGGAUUUUUCGAUUGGGCGCAAGAUUAUUCUACUAGACAACCCAGCAACCAGCAGCCCAGUCCUUCUCCAUCCCUAAAAAAACCCGUUCAACUUAAAAAAGGAACUGGUGUAAAAAAAUACGGUUCGCUUUUUUAAUUUUUUUUUACUUAUACUCAACUUUAUUUAUUGAUAUUUUAUACUAGACACUUAAAUAUUCCAUUAAAUUAUAAUGAAAAAGUAAUAAAAAUAAUCAGUAUCAACUAUAAUUUUUUUUAAUGAUCAAUAAAUCAAGAGUUUUAAUAAAUAACAGAUAAUUUUAAUGAUUCGUUAUUAAUUUAUUUUACAGUACACAUAUAUUACUGAAAAUAUACAUAUGAUAAAAUUGCGAUUCAGUAAAGCAAUCUCGACAUUCGUUUGGGUUUCAAAUGUUUAAAAAAAGAAACAUAUCUAUGAUGUCUUACUUAAUUAUUUAAAUUUAAAUAAUACAUUCAACAAUCUUCUGACCUCCACCGAACAAUAAUCUCCCAACUCAUCAUCAUCAUCUUCGUCAUCUCACUACAACACAGCCAAACGCUUUCAUCACAUUCUCGUCGUUAUUACUCAUACCUUACACAUCUUUAUUAUCUGUUGUUACAUUUUAUAUUCACAAAUACAUGACGUUUUCAUUAAUACCCAAGCAGCACAGACAACUUUAAGAUGUCUUCUAAAAGGACAAAACUCAUUUUUUUUGUCUCAAAGCCAAGUUUUUUUAUAUUAAUAAGACAUACAGAUGUUGGUCCUAGAAGUCACAGGAAAUUUGUGUAAUUUGACUGUUUGAAGGUGCCUUAAGUAGUUGGGUGGCCUACAAUUUUCGGCUGACGUGCAAAAUAUUUCAGAAAUCUAGAUCCAGUAGAUUUUUUACUUUUCAUUUUCGUUCCGCGAAAAACGUUCCGAUCUUCAGGUACAUUACAUUUUUAAACGCCCUUUUGACUUUAGUCACUGAGGGCAUAUAGUUUUUUUUUGCCAAUCGUCUUGCAGACUUAUAGCUAAAGACAAAAAAAUUUUGAAAACCAAAAGGGCAUCUAGCAUAAAUAAUACACAGUUUUGCCUCUUAAAAUUUAUUUUCUAAAUUUCCAGCUCCAGAAUAAGUCUACAAUAUAAUUUGCAGCUAAAAAAAAUUUAUACACCCUUGGUUUUAAACUUAGUGACUAAAACCAAAAGGGCGUAUAAAAAUAUGUCCUUUUGAAAUUAGCGACACGAAAUAGUUGUGAUUAAAUUUAUGUCGUCACAUGUGUCAAGUCUUGUAAGCAGAUAUUUUUUUGAGGAAAUAAAUAUCUGAUUGUUGUCACCAUUUUGGUGCCUUAUCAAUGGGUCAAAAAACAGUCUCAAAAUUAGUAUCUUAGAUGUCACAAAGCCGUGUGCUACUUGGGUACAUCAAACGCGAUUAACAGUACGUUGAUAAGAGAGUUAGUUAUAUUUUUUUCGCGAUUAGUAGCUGGUAUAACUUUGACAAUCGCAUGUCCCCAAAACUUACAGCCGUAUAUAAUAAAUAUAUAUAUAUAUUUAAGAAUGUAUAUAUUAUUAUUAUAUAGAUUAUAUAUUAGUCGCAGGAUCGUUAAAACGACUCGCUCAUGUACGUUUCAAGACAUGUGCGACUUUCCAAAUAUGACGUAAGGUAUUUACUACUGAUACACUAUUUAUGUGAUAGUAGACACGACGAUUAAUUAAUUUUUUUUCUUGUUUAUCUAAUGAUGACAUGUGGCGUAUAAAACAUAUUAUAUAUUUAUUUAUUUAUUUAUAAUUAUUAAUUAAUUAUUUUAAUGAUUAAUAUUAUUUCAACUAUUGGCCUCCAUUUCAUUUAAAUCCAUUACGUUUCCAUUUAUUUUUUUAAAAAUCAACACUCGUAGGCGAGCUCGCGCUUGAUUGAAAAUAACUUGCGCUUUUUAGGAUUUUUUUUCAUCCAUUUGUUUUUAUUUUUAGAUGUUUUUUUUUAUUUGUAAAACGACCAUGUCGAUUAAAAUUAAUUGUUGGUUUUUAAUUAAUAACCAAACACUUGACUUUACAAGUGGCCCCGCUAAAAUCGUGCCACGACAAUUUUUUUUGUUUGUUUAAUUUCAUUUCCGGUUUGCAAAUACCAUCAUCAAUGACCCUGUCAUUUAUUAUUAUUAAAUAAUUUAUCGUUUGAAUAAACUCGUGCGAUUUAAAUUGUCAUUAAUUUAAUUGUUUUCAGUGGCCUAAAAAUACGGUUUAAAUUAUCAGAUUUAAAUUUAAAUUAAAAAAAAAACACAUUCAUAUUUUUAAUUAUGAAAUAUUUAGUAUUAACAACAAUAACGAUUAUUAAUAAUUAUAAUUAUAAAUUGUUAAAUUUAAAAAACCGCGCGAAUAAAAAUUUGAUUUGUUUGUUUCUCAUUUUCAGUCUGUACUCUCCUAGUUAAUUAAUAUAACGCAGAGAACGUUAAUUAAUAAAAAAAAAAAAAAAAAAAAAAAAAA